ACGUCAAGCAUAACCGCCAGUAUUGCUCCAGUCGCAUGUCAUUAUCUUCUCUCGCAUCCACUCCCCACCAACUCCAGCCGGAAAAUUCACCUCCAAGUAUCAUACCCCUCACCGUCUCCUCCCAAAAUUCCGAUCUAAACAUUCACAGAGGAAAAGCAUGUGCAAAAUGAUGCGAGCUUCGGCCUGGAAGGAUCUGCGGUUUUGUUGUAGGAAGUGAGAGGGGCUAGGGUUAAAAAUUUCCGGCCUGGCUUGUUCUUAUGAUUGUAUUGCAGGAUAUUUAUGUACAGUGCUUCGGCUUUACUCUUGAGAGUGAUCCACCUAGGGUUAGGAGAUCCAUUGCGCGCAGGUGACUUUAGUUGUUUUGUAAGUGAAAAAUAGGUUUUAAUUGGGUAUGGAUAUGAACAAGUUCAGAUCGGAAUCGCAUGUGGCACAGCAAAACCGGCGUGAUAAGCUGAGAAUUCAUCCGCCGGGUUGUAAUGAUUUGUUCCAGAACCCUGGAGAUUUCCAUCCGGGGAUAAACCCAGAUUUUGUUCAAGUUCGAAAUGUUAGAAAUGCAAACGUACUCUACGACCCAACUCUUGUUUCUUCCAGUGCUCUCCAUUUUUCGACAAAUUCUGACGUUUUACCUGCAGCAGCCCAAAGGGAUGAAAUGCUAGAACAAGAAAUAGAAACCGCUCAGCACAGAAGACUAGUCCUGGCAGAAGACUUGAUGUCUCCUUCAAUUCUAACCCAUUUCAAUGCUCCCUCUAGGGUUGGUCCUGCUGACAGACAAGGUUAUGACAAUUUGAAGAGUGUUGGUUCGAAGCUGGAUUGUGAUUGGAUGAUGAGUUAUGCAAGUGGAUCAUCUGGUAAGGAAGACAAUCACAAUCCUUUAUUUGGUGGGGCGGUCUUGUCAAAUAAUGCAAGGGAAAGCAACAUAUCUGCCACUACACGAUAUUUGAACCCUGCUUACGAUAGCAAUCAAGAUGUUCAAUCUACUUCAAUCAAUCCAUGCAGUGAGAUUUGCGGUCAGGAUGGCAGAAACUGUUACAGUGACUUGCAUAUUCCCUCAGCUCAACUACUUUACAACAGCACAGUACUCCAGGAUGUUGUUACUCCAGCUUCUGUUGGUACUCGGGCCCCUGAGAGGGUUUCUGAUCUCCUGCAGCAGAACAUUAGAGAAGCUGUUCCCAGGUCAUGGGCAACAGAUUACUCCGGGAAUCAGUCGGGUUCUUUCCAUCUUGAUAUUGCUGGUCCCUGGAUGGAGAGACCGCUGGUCGAUCAUGGGAAGGGUGAGGGUGAACACGAGCUGAGGAUUCCUGCAAGUGAUGCUACUACUCAGGGGCUAGCACUCUCUCUUUCAUCUAAUCCACUUCCUAAAAUGUGGGUCGCUCAAUUGGGUGAGGAAUAUGCUUCUAAUGGUUUGCAAUCAAGAUCUGUUGAUUUCGAGGAUCCUCAGAAUUCUAAGAUUUUGAAGCCUUUGCAUUCGAUGGAUAAAUCAUCAAUAAUUAGUAAAGCCAGUGGUAAGUGUCUUCAAGAAAUUGUAGGAACCUCAUCUUACAUUCACCGACAACAUAUAGGACCUCUUGGGCCAUUUACGGGAUAUGCAACUAUUCUGAAGAAUUCAAGAUUUUUGAAGCCAGCACAAGAGGUCUUGGAAGAUUUCUGUGAGAUGACAAACUCAAAGCUUGACAAAUUAUGCAAGGGGUCUGAGGGAAUCUCUGGAGAAGUUAGUGCUUCAGCCUCCAUGGUCGCUGCCCGUACAGCUGGUAUGGAGGCUGCAGUAAAGGGAAAUAACUCAGGUGCAUCAUCCUCAACAUUUUAUAGCUCAAAUGAAAAUAGUGGUGACUGUGGACUUGGAAGCAGCUCCAUCGAGCAGCCCAGUUGGCCUCAAUACCAACAGAAGAAGGCAAAGCUUCUAUAUCUGCAGGAGGAGGUUUGCAAAAGGUACAAGUUAUAUUAUCAGCAGAUGCAAAUGGUGGUUUCAUCUUUCGAAUCGGUAGCUGGUCUGGGUGGAGCCACCCCUUAUAUUUCCUUGGCUCUUAAGACACUUGGAAGGAAAUUUCGAUCUCUGAAGAAUGCAAUCUCAGAGGAGAUCAAGCACACCUCAAGAGCAUUGGGAGAGGAUUUCUUCUCCCCAACUACUGGCAUGACCAAUGAUAAAGGUGACAUGUAUAAACUAAAGUAUCUGGGGCAGAAAUCUAGUGGGGUCAAUGUGGGCUUCCUUGAACCCCAACAACAUAGCUGGAGGCCCCAGAGAGGACUCCCAGAAAGUUCCGUGGCCAUUCUUAGAGCUUGGCUGUUUGAGCAUUUUCUUCACCCGUACCCCACGGACACAGAUAAGCACAUGUUGGCCACUCAAACUGGUCUUACUCGAAACCAGGUAUCAAACUGGUUCAUAAACGCACGAGUUCGUUUAUGGAAACCAAUGGUAGAAGAAAUACACAUGCUUGAAAGCAAAGGCUUGGCAGAAGCCAAACAGAUCAACUCCGGUAAAACAGAUACAAAUUCCACUGGUGAAGGUACCAGACGUCAAAAUACUGAUGAUCAUGCCAUUUUCAAGCCCCCUAUCAAUGACAUGUCCAACAGGCAGCUCGUAUCCUCAAUCUCAGACAUGCAUCACAUGGUAAGUACAAGAGAUGCAUGUGCAAAUCAAUGGAACCAGGAGAAACGUUCAAGAGAUGACUUCAACGUUCCAACAACAAGAAGCAUGGAUGGAUCUCUGAUUGGGUUUGUGCCAUACCAAAGAAGCCAGCUUGAUAUUGGGGGACAUGGGGCAGUGUCCCUUACAUUGGGUCUAAGACAUGGGGUGGACAGUUCAAGGCAGCAACAGCAACAGCAAGAACAAUUUCACCAACAAGAAGACCAACUCAGGCGGCAGUUGGGGGGUCAAAUGAUUCACAACUGUCUUCAUUAGAUGUAAAAAGUGGAAGUGGGUCACUCACUUUCUUCCACAACCUACAUCAAAAGUAACGCACAGUUGCAAGUUAGGAAGCUUUAGAAAAUGAUCAAUUGAAAAUCGAAAGGAUAUAUUUUCGGGAAACGGAUUGGUGUUUAUUUGGGCCUUCAAGAAAUGGACUGGUGAAGUCAUAGAGCGAUACUGUAGUAUUGGGCCUAUAAUCUAAAAAAUCAAGCUGCUAUCAACCUAAAUUUCAUUAGUGGCUAAUCUCAGCCCACUUCUAGUUAAUCACCUCGUUAAUUCAUGGAUUUAUGAAAUGAAUCUAGGAUUAGGGGUGAGUAUUUUGGGUGCAAGUCAGGUAUGAGGUAAAUGAAUAUUUGGUAUUUAAUUUGAAAAUUUUUAGGUAUAAUUUUUUUAAAUUUAGUAUUUAUUCAAAUACUUAAAUAUUUGUACUAAGUAUUCAAGCUAACAGGAGU